CACAGAGGCCGAUUUAGGGACCGGCAGACCGACGGACGGACGGACGGUGAGGACCCUCCCCGAGCUCCCGCGCCAUGGCCGAGAGGAAGCAAUCCGGGAAGGCGGCAGAGGACGAAGAAGUCCCUGCCUUUUUUAAAAACCUGGGCUCAGGCAGCCCCAAGCCCCGGCAGAAAUUCUGUGGCAUGUUCUGCCCAGUGGAAGGGUCCUCCGAGAACAAGACCAUCGAUUUCGACUCGUUAUCUGUGGGCCGGGGCUCGGGGCAGGUGGUGGCUCAGCAGCGGGACGUCGCCCACUUGGGCCCGGACCCUCAGCCGCCGUACUCCCGGCAGGGCCGGCGCGCCGGCGGGGAGCCAUCUGUUGAAUCGAGCCGGAAGGUGGAGAUCCGGCGGGCCUCGGGCAAAGAAGCCCUGCAGAACAUCUACGACCAGAGCGAUCGUCUUCUGAUCAAAGGAGGUAAAAUUGUUAAUGAUGACCAGUCAUUCUAUGCAGACAUAUACAUGGAAGAUGGGUUGAUCAAGCAAAUAGGGGAAAACCUGAUUGUGCCGGGAGGGGUGAAGACGAUUGAAGCCCAUUCUAGGAUGGUGAUCCCUGGAGGGAUUGAUGUCCAUACCCGCUUCCAGAUGCCUGACCAAGGAAUGAUCUCUGCUGAUGACUUCUUUCAAGGCACCAAGGCCGCCCUGGCUGGGGGAACCACCAUGAUCAUUGACCAUGUCGUGCCUGAGCCGGGGACAAGCCUGCUGGCAGCCUUCGACCAGUGGAGGGAGUGGGCUGACAGCAAGUCCUGCUGUGACUACUCUCUGCACGUGGACAUCACUGAGUGGCAUAAGGGCAUCCAGGAGGAGAUGGAGGCCCUGGUGAAGGACCACGGGGUAAAUUCCUUCCUGGUGUACAUGGCUUUCAAAGAUCGCUUCCAGCUAACCGAUUCCCAGAUCUAUGAAGUACUGAGCGUGAUCCGGGAUAUUGGCGCCAUCGCCCAAGUCCACGCAGAAAACGGGGACAUCAUUGCAGAGGAACAGCAGAGGAUCCUGGAUCUGGGCAUCACGGGCCCCGAGGGACACGUGCUGAGCCGGCCGGAGGAGGUCGAGGCCGAAGCUGUGAAUCGCUCUAUUACCAUCGCCAACCAGACCAACUGCCCCCUGUAUGUCACCAAGGUGAUGAGCAAGAGCGCGGCGGAAGUCAUCGCCCAGGCCCGGAAAAAGGGAACUGUGGUGUAUGGCGAGCCCAUCACCGCCAGCUUGGGGACUGAUGGCUCCCACUACUGGAGCAAGAACUGGGCCAAGGCUGCCGCUUUUGUCACCUCCCCACCCCUGAGCCCUGACCCAACCACUCCGGACUUUCUCAACUCCUUGCUGUCCUGUGGGGAUCUUCAGGUCACGGGCAGCGCCCAUUGCACAUUCAACACCGCCCAGAAGGCUGUAGGAAAAGACAACUUCACCCUGAUCCCCGAAGGCACCAAUGGCACCGAGGAGCGGAUGUCCGUCAUCUGGGAUAAGGCUGUGGUCACAGGGAAGAUGGACGAGAACCAGUUUGUGGCCGUGACCAGCACCAAUGCAGCCAAAGUCUUCAACCUGUACCCCCGGAAAGGCCGCAUUGCUGUGGGAUCUGAUGCUGACCUGGUCAUCUGGGACCCCGACAGCGUGAAAACCAUCUCUGCCAAGACCCACAAUAGUGCUCUUGAGUACAACAUCUUUGAAGGCAUGGAGUGCCGUGGCUCCCCACUGGUGGUCAUCAGCCAGGGGAAGAUCGUCCUGGAGGAUGGCACCCUUCAUGUCACUGAAGGCUCUGGGCGCUACAUCCCCCGGAAGCCCUUCCCUGAUUUCGUUUACAAACGAAUCAAGGCGAGGAGCAGACUUGCAGAACUGAGAGGGGUUCCCCGUGGCCUGUACGACGGACCCGUGUGCGAGGUGUCCGUGACACCCAAGACCGUCACUCCAGCCUCCUCGGCCAAGACCUCUCCUGCCAAGCAGCAGGCCCCUCCUGUCCGGAACCUGCACCAGUCUGGAUUCAGCUUGUCUGGUGCUCAGAUCGAUGACAACAUUCCCCGCCGCACCACCCAGCGCAUUGUGGCGCCCCCUGGUGGCCGUGCCAACAUCACCAGCCUGGGCUAGAGGUGCCCAGCGGCAACCUGCCUGGGGAUGGGGGGUGGGACACCUGAGGACAUUCUGAGACUUCCUUCCUUACUUUUUGUUUUUUUUUAAGAGCCUGUGAUAGUUACUGUGAGGCAGCCAGUUCAUGGGCUCCCUCUUGGGCCCUGCACUCCGGCCCUCACCCGGAGUCACUGAUUUUGCUCACCCACUUCCCUACACAUCUACGAAUAUCACACCCAAGUCUAUCCACCAGCCCCAUACACGGACUGCAUCCAACACUCAGACAUGCGAAACCAAGCAAAUCACAACGAGGGCGUUUUUCAUCUCCAA